CUCACAUAUUCCUCAUUUUUUGCGCAUAAAAUUUGUAUCACAGCGAAGGUUCAUUGGUCACACAGUCACACUGCCACAUUAAGCAGACAAAAAACCCAACGCCGAGGUCGUCUCUUAACGUCGCCUCAGUCAGCCGUUUUCCUUUGUCUCCGAUCUUCUUGGCUCCUUUUAGCCAACCCUAAACCCUACUUUCAGCCAGCCAUGGAGAACUCAUCCUGCCGUCACGCUCUCAUUCCGAGUUUCCUCUACUCAUCGCCGGUAUUUGCUUAUACUCCCAAACCUUUGUCAUCCGAGAAGAUUAUCGCUGAGUCGAACCUUAGCUUACCGCCUUCAUCUUCUCCGAGUAAGGGCUUCCUGAUUCCGUCUCCAAGCGAACCUAGCAAGAUCGAGCUCCACUCCCCUAAGUACUAUGCUGCCUGCACCGCUGGUGGUAUUUUGAGCUGCGGUCUCACUCACAUGGCCGUCACUCCUCUCGACCUCGUCAAGUGUAAUAUGCAGAUUGACCCUGCAAAGUACAAGAAUAUUACAUCUGGUUUUGGAGUAUUGCUGAAGGAGCAAGGAGUCAAGGGAUUCUUCAGAGGAUGGGUUCCUACCCUUCUUGGGUACAGUGCUCAGGGUGCCUGCAAGUUUGGAUUGUAUGAGUUCUUCAAGAAGUACUACUCUGAUAUUGCUGGACCAGAAUAUGCAUCAAAGUACAAAACAUUAAUCUACCUUGCUGGCUCUGCAUCAGCAGAAGUGAUUGCAGAUGUUGCACUUUGCCCCUUUGAAGCAGUAAAGGUUCGUGUGCAGACUCAGCCAGGUUUUGCUAGGGGAUUGGCUGAUGGGCUUCCAAAAUUUGUCGGAUCUGAAGGAGCUCUUGGGUUGUACAAGGGGUUGGUUCCUCUUUGGGGACGUCAGAUUCCAUAUACGAUGAUGAAGUUUGCAUCAUUUGAGACUAUUGUUGAGUUGUUGUACAAGCAUGCAAUCCCGACACCAAAAAACGAGUGUAGCAAGCCUUUUCAACUUGGAGUGAGCUUUGCUGGUGGGUACAUAGCUGGUGUUUUGUGUGCCAUAGUCUCGCAUCCCGCUGAUAAUCUCGUGUCUUUCCUCAACAAUGCAAAAGGGGCUACUGUUGGUGAUGCUGUAAAGAAGAUGGGAGUACUGGGCCUCUUUACUCGUGGGCUUCCUCUCCGUAUUGUCAUGAUUGGCACUCUCACUGGUGCUCAAUGGGGAAUCUAUGAUGCUUUCAAAGUCUUUGUAGGACUGCCAACAACUGGAGGAGUUGCUUCUGCUCCUAUAGAUGUGGGAAUUCCCGUUGCUUAGGGGAUAAUCUACUUGCAAAGAUCUGGGUGGGAUGAAUAAAAGUGACUUGUUGCUGAUGGUUUCUUGUCAGUAUAAUUAUAGAGGGUAAUUCUUUUUAUGAUGAGCAUUAUUAUAAUACAUUUACCAGUCCAAACAAUUUUUGUGGUCACUAGUUCUGGAAGAGGAUUGUUCUCCUGAACUUUGCUACACUUGAUGUACCUUUCUUUUUGAGCAUUCGUAUUCGUAUACUCAUAGGAGUGUUUGUUGUUUUUCACAUCCAGAACAAAGGGAAAAACCUUUUCCAUUGGGGCAGGGGGCUGUAGCCCUCAAUUAUUUUCCUUCUCCACAUUUACCCAUUGUUUAGUGCACAUAUUCAUCCAUUGCAAAGUUAUCUUUAAACAAUUUGCUAUGUGACACCC